AUGGAGGAAGAAAGGCAGAUGACAGAAGACAUUGUCUCAGGGAAGCUGCACUCUGUUGCAGACUGUAGCAGGCUGCGGCAGAUGUGCUGUGCUCUGCAGAACCUCGGCUGCUGUCAGUUGCUUACCCAUGAACAACGUGCAUAUCAGACCUGUAAGACAGGCUGCUCGCCUCUUAUUAUCACAAGCUUCACCCUCCUCCGUGUACCAGAGGAAGAGCCUGAAAAGAAAAGAUUAACGACAAAUAAUACAAGCCUUUUGGAAAUAUUCCACUAUAUAUCUACAAAAAUCGAAGGAGCUAUCCCCCACAAUAAACGGCCCACUGGCUGGCUUGUGGAUCGCGAUGCGUGGCUGAAGUUGUUUAACACACCUUCUCCCGAAAGUUAG